AUGUGUGCUAACACUGAAAAAAGAGAAGCAGAAGAGGAAGAAUCAAUGAUGCCCGUUGCUGACAGUGGUCCAGCUGUUGCUGACAAUGGUCCUGCUGUUGCGAGCAGGUCCACCCGAAAUUUUGAAAGAAACACUUUAAAAAUAUUAUUCAUAUCCUUAAAAAGUCUCUUGACCAGAUUGAAGCUUCCUGAACCCAAUAUUUCAAACGCUUUCGUACCUACUGACUUGCGAAAUGUACCGAAGCCUGAUAGACCACAGCUAAAUUUAUAUGAGCCAGAUGAAUCCGAAGAUCUCGGAGCCGUAUCGAGAAGUAUAGAAGCAAGGUUCCAAGUAGACGUUUUGGAAAAAAAGAUCACUAAAGAAAAAGAAAAAGAAGAAAAAUUAAAGGUAGAAGGAAAAUUGCCGUUUCUUCUUUCCCCCCCAGACCUUGAUUCUAUUUUGGGUUUUUGGAAGAAUAUCGCCGUAAGUGAUCCUGGGAAAAGAGCUUACUUUUUUGGUUACUGGAUAACUUUCAAGUUCAUGCUUUUCUUUUUUCUCUUCAUUUACUCUCAAAUUCAUGAACAAGACCAUCGUAGUUUUGAAAAACUUCAAUUGUCUCACAUCAGUUCGCAAAAUCCCGCAAUUUCUCAGAAGAAUAGCUACAAAUUAGAACAGGCAGUUAUAGAGAUUGAAUUUAUCAAAUCUAUUUCUUUUUCACCGGAGUCGCUUAUACGUUUGUCAGCUAUGUACCCCAGAUGCAUAUUUCACUCCGUUUUUUUCGAUGAGCAAAACUCGAAGAAUAAGAGACUGGAUCAGAUUGCUUAUAAUAACACAGGAUGCUGUGUGAAAAAUGAAAUAAUAAAUGGUACUUACGUGGCUUGCUUUCAAAGUCACGAAUCUGAAUGCAAAGCAACAUCAUUCCGUUUUCAAAAAAAUCAUGAUUCAAUUGGUCCAGUAUGCGGAAGAGAUCCCAAUUAUUGUACUUCACCGCCCCCAGACUCGUUCAAUAAAACGGACAUCACUGAGUGGAAAGAUUGCAUUUCUUAUAAAGCUGAUGUGAAGGACGCCAAACACAUGAACUGCAAUCUCCUCCAAUCGCCAUGCUGUCUGCUAACAGGUGAAUGCAAACUUAUGGGCAAAACUGAGUGUGGAGAAAAUGGAGGCACCUUUCAUUCUGAUGCACGGUUUUGUUCUGAAGUGGAUUGCUUCUACAAUCUAUGUGGAGUACAAACAAUUGCUUUUUGGAGAAUAAUUCAAAGCAUUUUUUUAGUCUCUGGAAUAUUGCAAUUCGUAGUGGAAAUAAUUUUCUUUUUAUUCAUUGUACCAACGAUGGAGGCCAAGUAUGGAACAUUGUAUACAACUUUCGUUUUCAUGAGCACGGCUAUAUUAGACAAUAUUUUAUUUAUUUGGUGGUAUCCGGAUCUUUUGACAGUGUCUUCAACAUCUGGAAUGACUGCAUUGUUCACAUUUGCAAUUAUGGAACAUGCGUGGUACUUCAUUAUUGGAAAGUUUUGCCAAACGGAUAAAGAUAUUGAUAUGAGUAAUGUUACCUGGAAAUUGGUUCUGAGAACCGUUAUUGUGGGAUUAGUUUGUAUUGCAACGAUUCUUUUGACUACGUCUUUUGUCAAGCUAGGUCAGCUUUUGAUAGGCGCAGUAUCUGGCCUUAUUUUCUCAUUCAUACUCAUAGUUAUACCACUGCUAAAUAAGACGCCCAUUCAAAAAAGUGGUUGA